GAUUGGCUGAGAUGAGCGUACCUCUUCUUCCGAUGAUUCGGCUCUUCUCGGCUCAGUCUCAGUGAAGCGUCUGUAGCCGUCGUUCGAGUCGUCGCUGCCGCUGCCUCCUCGCGGAUCAGGAGCCAACGUCUCCUGCCCGCCCACCGCACGGGUGCCGCUGGGAGGAAGCGACAGGGAGGCUGCCUGCGGGUUUGUCGCCGCUGCUCGCCACCUCGCCCGGGAGAGCCGAGGCGCCAUGGCCUCCGGAGCGGAUUCAAAAGGUGAUGACUUAUCAACAGCCAUUCUUAAACAAAAGAAUCGUCCCAAUCGGUUAAUUGUCGAUGAAGCCAUCAAUGAGGACAACAGUGUGGUGUCCUUGUCCCAGCCCAAGAUGGAUGAGCUGCAGUUGUUCCGAGGUGAUACAGUCUUGCUGAAAGGAAAGAAGAGGCGGGAAGCUGUGUGCAUUGUGCUUUCUGAUGACACAUGUUCUGAUGAGAAGAUUCGAAUGAAUAGAGUUGUUCGGAAUAACCUUCGCGUACGCCUAGGGGAUGUUAUCAGCAUCCAGCCAUGCCCUGAUGUGAAGUAUGGCAAACGCAUCCAUGUGCUACCCAUCGAUGACACGGUGGAAGGUAUCACUGGCAAUCUCUUUGAGGUAUACCUUAAGCCAUACUUCCUGGAAGCUUAUCGACCUAUCCGGAAAGGAGACAUUUUCCUUGUCCGGGGUGGAAUGCGUGCUGUGGAGUUCAAAGUAGUGGAGACAGAUCCCAGCCCUUACUGCAUUGUUGCUCCAGACACAGUGAUCCACUGUGAAGGGGAGCCUAUCAAACGAGAGGAUGAGGAAGAGUCCUUGAAUGAAGUAGGCUAUGAUGACAUUGGUGGCUGCAGGAAACAGCUAGCUCAGAUAAAAGAGAUGGUGGAGCUGCCUUUAAGACAUCCUGCCCUAUUUAAGGCAAUUGGUGUGAAGCCUCCUCGGGGAAUCCUGCUCUAUGGACCUCCUGGGACCGGGAAGACUCUGAUUGCUCGAGCUGUGGCAAAUGAGACGGGGGCCUUCUUCUUUUUGAUCAAUGGUCCUGAGAUCAUGAGCAAGUUGGCUGGCGAGUCUGAGAGCAACCUUCGUAAAGCCUUUGAGGAGGCUGAGAAGAAUGCUCCUGCUAUUAUCUUCAUUGAUGAGCUGGAUGCCAUUGCUCCCAAAAGAGAAAAAACCCAUGGGGAGGUGGAACGGCGCAUUGUAUCACAGUUGUUGACCCUUAUGGAUGGCCUUAAGCAGAGAGCACAUGUGAUCGUCAUGGCAGCAACUAACAGACCUAACAGCAUUGACCCAGCCCUACGGCGAUUUGGUCGCUUUGACAGGGAGGUAGAUAUUGGAAUCCCUGAUGCUACAGGACGCUUGGAAAUUCUUCAGAUCCAUACCAAGAACAUGAAGCUGGCAGAUGAUGUGGACCUGGAACAGGUAGCCAAUGAGACUCAUGGGCAUGUGGGUGCUGACCUAGCAGCCUUGUGCUCGGAGGCUGCUCUGCAAGCCAUCCGCAAAAAGAUGGACCUUAUUGACCUAGAGGAUGAAACCAUUGAUGCUGAGGUCAUGAACUCCCUGGCAGUAACUAUGGAUGACUUCCGGUGGGCCCUGAGCCAGAGCAACCCAUCAGCAUUGCGGGAAACUGUGGUGGAGGUGCCACAGGUAACCUGGGAGGACAUCGGGGGCCUGGAGGAUGUGAAACGUGAGCUUCAGGAACUGGUCCAGUAUCCUGUGGAGCACCCAGACAAAUUCCUCAAGUUUGGCAUGACACCCUCCAAGGGAGUGCUGUUCUACGGGCCUCCUGGCUGUGGGAAAACCUUACUGGCCAAAGCCAUUGCUAAUGAAUGCCAGGCUAACUUCAUCUCCAUCAAGGGUCCCGAGCUGCUCACCAUGUGGUUUGGAGAGUCUGAGGCCAAUGUCAGAGAAAUAUUUGACAAGGCCCGCCAAGCUGCCCCCUGUGUACUGUUCUUUGAUGAGCUGGAUUCAAUUGCCAAGGCCCGUGGUGGUAACAUUGGAGAUGGUGGUGGAGCUGCUGAUCGAGUUAUUAACCAGAUCCUGACAGAAAUGGAUGGCAUGUCCACAAAAAAGAACGUUUUUAUCAUUGGCGCGACCAACCGGCCUGACAUCAUUGAUCCUGCCAUCCUGCGACCUGGCCGCCUUGAUCAGCUCAUCUAUAUCCCGCUACCUGAUGAGAAGUCCCGUGUUGCCAUCCUGAAGGCCAACCUGCGCAAGUCUCCAGUUGCCAAGGAUGUGGAUUUGGAGUUCCUGGCUAAGAUGACUAAUGGCUUCUCUGGAGCUGACCUGACAGAGAUUUGUCAACGUGCCUGUAAGCUGGCCAUUCGUGAAUCCAUCGAGAGUGAGAUUAGGCGAGACCGUGAGAGGCAGACCAACCCAUCAGCCAUGGAGGUAGAAGAAGAUGAUCCAGUGCCUGAGAUCCGCCGAGAUCACUUUGAGGAGGCCAUGCGCUUUGCCCGCCGUUCUGUCAGUGACAAUGAUAUUCGAAAAUAUGAGAUGUUUGCUCAGACCCUUCAGCAGAGUCGGGGCUUUGGCAGUUUCAGAUUCCCUUCAGGAAACCAGGGUGGAGCUGGCCCCAGCCAGGGCAGUGGAGGCGGCACAGGUGGCAGUGUAUACACGGAAGACAAUGAUGAUGACCUCUAUGGCUAAGUGACGAUGGCCAGUGUGCUUCAAGCCGGCCUGGCUGGACCUUGUUCCCUGAGGGUGGGGGCGCUUGCCCAGGAGGGACCAGGGGUGCGCCUGCGGCCUGUUCCAUUCCUCAGUCUGAACAGUUUAGCUACAGUCAGACUCUGGACAGGGGUUUCUGUUGAAAAAAAACAAACACAAAACAAAAGUGAUAAAAUAAAAGCGAUUUUCAUUUGGGAGGCAGAGAGUGAAUUACCAACAGAGAAUUGGGCCUUGGGCCUACAUCAUUUCUCUUGUAGUUGGGGGCAGUGCAGGGAUUCUGUGUGGGUGUGGAACCAAGGCACUACCGCCACUCCCCACAGUAAAGCAACUGUACUUCACUCAGUGCUUCUUGAGCCCUCCCUUCUUCCCCCUACCCAACCUGGGCAGGAGGAUGAAGGGCCACAGUUGCUGGGUGUUUAUAUAGAGAGUAGGUUGAUUUUAUUUUACAUGCUUUUGAGUUAAUGUUGGAAAACUAAUCACAAGCAGUUUCUAAACCAAAAAUGACAUGUUGUAAAAGGAUAAUAAACGUUGGAUCAAAAUGGAGCCUGA